GUGGACACUGCGCAAUUUUGCAGUUGGAGCGCUGAAGGAGUUGGGGUUAGGUACACGGACCAUCCAGGCGCAUGUCCUGGAGGAGGCGGCUUGUCUGCUAGACGAAAUGCAAGCCACCAUUGGUGCGGCCUGGCUGGGAGGGCAGAAGGGCCUGGUGUGGGAGUGGCCCUUGGACUGCCAAGAUGGGGCCACGGGAAGGUAUUUGGGUGGAAGGAAGCCAGUAAACCCAUGGGGCUGGCUGGGGGCAGGACCACGCAUUAUGACCACCGUCCUGUUCCUACCCCCAGGAGCCCCGUUUGACCCCAUGCGACUACUGGAUAAUGCUGUAUCCAAUGUUAUCUGUUCUUGUCUUCGGGAACCGCUAUGGCUACGGGGACCCGGAGUUCCUGAGGCUCCUGAACCUCUUCAGUGACAACUUCCGCAUCAUGAGCUCCAGAUGGGGCGAGGUGCCUGGCACGCGGCAGCGUGCCCGUCUCCUCUGCCCACAGCAACAGCAAGACCCAGAGAGCCAUUUCCAGGAGGAGACGUUGGUAAUGAUGAUGCACCUUUUUUUUUUUGGCGACACCGAAACCACCAGCACCACCCUGUGCUACGGGUUUCUCAUUCUGCUUAAGUACCCAGAGGUGGCAGGUCUGCAAGCUAGAGACCCAGAAUGGGAGGCUGCGGCCUGGGGAUGGCUGGAGGGUCCUGGAAGUGCGCAGCUCACAGCCUACCCCAGCCCCAGCCAAGGUGCAGGAGCUGGACCCUGUGGUAGGGCGGAGACGCGCCCCAAGCCUGGACGACCCCGAGCGACUGCCCUACACCAACGCAGUGCUGCUCCAGAUCCAGCGCUUCAUCAGCAUGGUGCCCCUGGGGCUGCCGUGCACCCUCCCCCUUGACACCCACCUGCACGGCCACUGUCUAGCCAAAGGUGCCCACUGAGUCUGGGUAUCCUGUGCGGGGCCCGGGUGCAUGAGGUGUGUUCUGAGAUCAGCCAGAAUCGGCAGGUGUGCGCUGUGCAGACUGAAGCACAAUCAGUUACCGCUGGAGCAGGAUGGUAGG